UUUAUUCAAUUUUUCUUUUAAAGUCAUUUCAAUUAAAAAUAGUUUUUCAAUAAAAUUAUAAACUGACACGUUUGUAUCAAUAUUUUAAUAUAAAAUCCAUCAGAAUGUCAACUCGUUGGUAUCCUCUAUAUCAACGAGGUAAUCCGCAGCUCAGAGUAUUUCUACCAAAUUUUUGGAUGAAAUUGGUAAGACCUACACCCAAACAGCUUCCCAAUAUUGUAAAUUUUGAAUGUUCUAUGGAAAUGACUAAAUAUGACAUAAAAAAUUAUUUGGAAAAGAUAUAUAAUGUUCCUGUUGUUGAUGUAAGAACGAAAAUUGCUAUGGGGAAAUUUAGAAAAGAUAUUGGAAAAGGUUAUGUAGUUAAAGAGGAUGAUAAGAAGAUUGCGUUUGUUACACUGCCAAAAAAUAUGAGCUUUGAAUUUCCAAACAUCUUUGAAAAAGUUGAAGAUCAAGAUGACGAAAAUAUGAAAUCUUUAGAUGAUGCAAAGAAAAGUUUCAAAAGUUAUAUAGAUCGUAAUAAGAACAGAUCAGAUGUCCCAAGUUGGUUUUCAAUAUAGUUAUUACUGUAAUGUGAUGUAGUGUUUAUUUUUCAAUAUAUUUUUUGUUUUACAAAACUAUUGUAUUAUUAUUAGUGGUUCCUUUCAUCUUUUAUUUACUUUUUAAAUAAAAUGAUGAGCUACAUUAAUAACAAUUUCUAUGAAACUAUUUU